CCUUUGUGCAGGUGGUCUGCAUAUUGUGCACGAAAUUUGUUAGUACAGAUGUCACCGUAAUAUCUACUGUUAUUGUCAAUGCUAUACAUCGGUUUUUGUGUCUGUAACCUUCAGUCGAAGGACUCUCUUGCUAAGACACCUGGCUCAGACUACUGACAGUUGCUAAAAAGUGAGAAAAGCUAAGCCAAUAUCAUUGCGUGAUUCCUUUGUCGGACUGCUUGAACAAUCGGUAAUGGAGAUAGGUGACGAAGUUGUUCCCGGUGACUGCAGACAGUGGAUCAACAGCUGAACGCAAUUCGAUUAAAGUGGACAGAAUGUUUCGAGGGGUUGUCUGCAAACAUCGUUUAGUGCCUGACGUUAUCUUCUUUUAUGCGCUUUUCCAUAUCUGCGAAAUCUCUCGUGCGUUCAUCGUUAGAAGCCCCCGAAACCCGGUACCAGUGAGGUAUCGUUGGCCAAGAGGACUAAGUGAGCGAUGAUAGAAUUAACAGGAACAAGCAUAUUCACAUGAUAUCUACAAUUUUAUAGAUGGUUUUCAUGGAGAAAACUAUUGAGAGACAGCAUCAUAAAAUACAACUGGGGAAAAACCAGAAAACGUCUCACGAUGUGGCGCAGAAUGUCUUUAACGAAAUUUGUAACAGAAACACUUGAUAAGACAGCUAAAGGGCGCGGUUUUUGUACGAAGGUGAAAGAUCCAUACCAGCGUAUAGGCCAACCUAAAGGAAACGAUUCGGACUCGACCAAUAAGUACGGGUACCCCCACACAACUCGACGACCAUGGCCCACAAAUGUGCUAGGUUGGCCCUGCUGCACUACCGUACGCGGCUACAGUCGAGCAGGUUUCUGUAAAGAUGAGUGUUCUGAGAUAGCUGCAGGAAGGAAUAUGAACCAUGUCGUAUGUCUGAGAGGUGUUUGCCAGUGUAAAAAUGACUAUCAUGAAGAGAAGGGCAUUUGUGUAGCAGAUCCUGAAGUGAGUAUUCGCGUUCUUCUCACGGUGUAUCUUGCGAGCGUUCCUCUUUUGUCUAUUGUUCUAGCCCUUGCCGCCGUUCUACAAUACCUCUUCGAUCGAUAUUUGUUUAAUGCUGAUAAUACAAUAGCGCAAGGAAUGCAUGAAGCUGACGACGUUGAGUUUGCAAACGUCGAAGACACGGAGGCUGGUCAUCGUGUUCAAUUCUUAGAUGGGGGUAGGCCAGAAUGCGAGCUCGAAUAUGAUUGGGCUUACGAAGACUGGCAAGCCGACAAUCCCGAAGAUAAACUUAGCCAAAUGCUUCUAGAAGCCCUAUUGAAAGGAUCCCGAAAAUCUGAGAAAAGCUGAAGACACACUUUCAACAGAUACUAGCCCUAACAUGAUUUGACAGAUAGGAAAGUAUAACUAUAAAAUGCACCCGAGUUUGUGGAAAUGUUUAUUUUGGAUACGCCGAGAAAUGUUGAAGCGUUGCAUAUGUAGCCAGUACGUGAGUGAACAGUCGCAAUUGAUAUGAUGUUAUACUGUGUUGAUUCAGUCUUAAAGUAAUUCAGCUUGCCGCAUCGAUAUGAUAUCCCUAUGACUGAACUGUAUUCAAUGUCUGAUACUUUUCUAUAGCAUUUCCAAAUGAAUUUACAAGCUCACAAUAUA